CAUGCAAUUGCAGAGGCUACGCGCGCUCGAGCCCCUCCACUCCCCGUCCCUCUUCUUCGCGGAAUCGCAGGCCGCCGCCGCCACCUUCGUCCGCCGCCCCGUCUGCCCCGACACCUGCGUCGCCCUCAUCGAGCGAUGCGGCUCCUCGACCUCCCUGAAGGCCGUCCACGCCGCCAUGCUCCGCGCCAGCCUCCACCUCCACCUCCACUUCCUCACCCACCUCGUCGCCAGGUACGCGUCCCUCGGCUCCCUCCCCCUCGCCCGCGCUCUGUUCUCGCGCUCGGAGUCGUCCUCCGACGUCUUCCUCUGGAACGUCGUCAUCCGGGGCUGCGUGAACGGCCUCCGGCACCGUCCCUCUCUGGGUCUCUACGCCCGGAUGCGUGGGCUGGGCAUCGGGCCGGACAACUUCACGUUCCCUUUCGUCCUCAAGGCGUGCGGGUGCCUCGGGGAUCUGAAGUCCGGGGCCUUGGCUCACCACGACGCGUUGCGAUCUGGGUACGACUCGGACGUGUUCGUGGGCAACUCCCUCGUGGCCAUGUACGGGAAGUGCGGGCGCGUGGACGUUGCCCGGCGGGUGUUCGAUAGAAUGUCUGACAGGAACGUUGUCUCGUGGAGCUCGAUGAUUGGUGCGUGCGCGCGAAACGGGUGUUAUGAGGAUGGCUUGCGCUUGUUUUGGGAGAUGCUGGAUGGGGGAGUCUGGCCGAACAAAGGGGCAGCUGUGGAUGCCAUGGCUUGUGUGCGCAGGGAAGCCGAGGCUGACGCGGUUUGUAGAGUUGCGAUGGAUAAUGGACUCGAUUCAGAUCUCUCUGUCCUACAUGCGGCAAUGAUCAUGUAUGCUAGGUGCGGUAGAGUCGAUGUUGCGCGAGCCCUCUUCGAUGGGAUACAUGACAAGGACUUGGUGUGUUGGUCGUCCAUGAUCGAGGCUUAUGCCAAAGCUGAUAUGCCUUUAAAAGCUUUGGAUCUCUUUAGAGAGUUGUUAUGCUUGUGUAUUGACCCCGAUGCAAUAACAUUACUUAGUGUGCUCCGAGCUUGUUUGGAGUUAGGUUCUUUUUUGCGAGCUUGCACGGUGCAUGCAAUCAUAAUUCGCAGAAUUCUUGAAGAUUGCGUAGCGCUAAAUACUUGUAUGGUAGAUCUCUAUGCCAAAUGUGGAAAUUUAGAGUAUGCUAGGAAGUUAUUUGAUCUGAUGCCUGAGAAGAAUUUGAUAUCUUGGAGUGCUAUGAUAUCCGGAUAUGCGAUGCAUGGCCAUGGUAGAGAAGCACUCUACCUCUUUGAUCGGAUGAAGUUUUCUGUAAAGCCUGACCACAUUGUAUUUGUAUCAGUUUUGUCAGCCUGUAGCCAUUCUGGGUUGCUAAAUGAAGGAUGGGAGUGCUUUGAAUCCAUGAGUAGAGAUUUUGGGGUGACACCAAUACAUGAACAUUACGCCUGUAUGGUAGACCUAUUAGGUCGAGCUGGACGUUUGGAUGAAGCAGUGGAUUUUAUUGAGAGAAUGCCAAUAGAACCAAAUGCUGGUGUAUGGGGAGCAUUGCUUGGAGCAUCUCGAAUCCAUAGGGAUGUAGAACGGGCUGAAAAGGCAGCGAAGUUUUUAUUUGAACUGGAUCCUGAGAACCCUGGUCGUUAUGCUGUAUUGUCCAACAUUUAUGCAUCAUUAGGAAAUAAGGAAGAAGCUAAUCAAAUAAGAGACCUUAUGAAAAGAAGGGAAGUGAGGAAACUUUCAGGCCACGCAAUAAUAGAAAUUGGGAACAGAAUCUAUACGUUUGUGGCGGGGGACAGGUCACAUCGACAAACAGAUGUCAUCUAUUCAGAGUUGGACAAACUAAUGGCUAAAACUCGGCUAGAAGGGUAUAAGCCAAACAUCCAUGAAGCUGAGGAAGAGAUUAAAGAAAAGAUGUAAUACGCACAUAGUGAGAAGUUAGCUAUCGUCUUCGGGAUUCUAAAUUUAGCAUCAGGGAGUGUCAUGAGGAAUAGGAAGAACCUUAGAGAUUUCGGCGAUUGCCAUAAUGGUACGAAUUUUUCUUCCAAGGUAACUGAAUCAUAGUGAGAGAUGCUCACAGGUUCUAUCACUUUAAAGAUGGUUCUUGCUCUUGAGGAGACUACUGGUGAUUAUAUAGAAAUCUGGCCUUUUGACAAAUCUUUGGAUUUUCUACUCGUUUUAUGGUGACUUUUCAGAUCAAGACUCGUUAUUUAUGAUGAGCCGAAGAUACCCGAAGUCUUCCGUGGCUGGGACAAAUUUAUUUGGCUGAUCCAAGAGACUUUUCCAUGAUCUUUUACAGUGUGCAGGCCUAUGCAUCUUUCUCUUGAUAGCCUACUGAAGAUCGGUGAAAUUAGCAGGGAUAUAGUGGAAUACUUUGUUGAACGAGACUUCUUAUGCGAUCUAUUUUGUCUGAACUGGGUACGUGCUUAUCUUGUGACAGUUGUCAAUCUCAGAGCUCAUGGAAUCGAGCAAUAUAUCACUCCAUCUUAAGGAUCUCAAAACAAUGGACUUCUUCCUGAAGCUCAUAUCUGAUCACCCGUCAGCUUCAGCAACGAUUUCAACAUGAUUGGGUCGAAAUCUGCAACGGAGGUCAUAAUGACAGCGGAUGUAAUUCUGAAUGGAUUUGUCUGAUGCACUCUGAUAAAGAAAGUUCAAUGUCAGUUGUUGAUGGCUUCUUCAUGGAAUCCUCAUUUGGACAUGGACAUGGACAAUCGCAUAAUGGGAGUUAUUUAGCUUGCUUUAAAGAAUUGACUGCACCAAAAGGUGUAUUGUGCGGUUCCUAUUUUUCCAAACCUUUAAGAUGUGGAAAGGUUUGGAUUGAGCCUUAUAUCAGAAAAGAGCUCUGAUCAAGAUCUCUUAGAGGGUAAUUCUGCAGGAUUCCAUUGGUUUUGCAGUUGUCAGUCAAUAUCAUAGGUCAGCGCCACAUGAUGCAUCCAAGGGGGUUAGCUAUUCCUCUAAUUGAAGAGCAUAUUAGAGCAACAAUAUAGGGAUUCCGAUUCCCAGACAGGACCUUGCCUCAUCUUCUGAAACAUGGCGUUGAGGAAACUAAUUACUUGCUGCCUGAUGCAUAUUAUCCAUGUUCAUCACUUGCGAUUAGUGGCCCUCCUAAGUUCUGGAAAUGCUAGUGGAGCUGCAGUUCACCAUGAAUGUGUCUCGAUUACCAGUUUGAAAUUCAGGGGUGUGGAAACAGUGAGAACCCGGCUUUGAUUUGUUAUGUUAUACAUACUGAUGGUCAAUCGGGUCAAAAUUGAUUGUCUAUCUAAAUAUCGUACCGUUAGAUGACUCAUUCUUCAGCUCUUCUCCAAAAAAAAAAAAUUUUGCAUUAUUUAUAUUUUGGGUAUUUAGAGUCAAUGUGAAAGCAUACAAUGAGAAAAUUCAAGAUGUGUACACAAAUGUGAUGAGAUAAUACAGAGCAGGAAUGUUACUCUC